AUGCCCCACUUCGGCUACAAUAAAGGACAUUAUGGCUUUGAGCAUGUACACAGAUCGACCACCGUGAAGGCAGACCAUGAUAAAGAUUCGCUCGAUGACUAUGUGGUGCGAAUAAUAGCCGGUGGGAAGGUUGUCUGCAAUGGGAUCCUUGUCAACAAGAACGAGGUGCUCACGGUCAGCACCUGCCUCAUGGACGCUCCGUUACCUUCAAUAUCCAUAAAACUGUUAGAUGGCUCUAGCCACAAUGCGACAAGCAACCGUCCGGCAAGUGACUACACGAUGAAAGAGGCUGAGCAGCUGCUUACUCUCAUCAAGCUGGGAGCGGAGCUCACGGACGAGUUCUCGAAACCACCGCCAAUAUGCCCACAGCACGUCAAGUCGACGGAUCCUGUCCAGUUGUGGGCGUGGAAUAGCCGCAAGACCCACAUAAGGAAAAGUCGAGUCGCCCAGUUAAUGGAUGAUGAGUGCAAGGGCAAGGUCCAGGAUCCCAACGGCCUUGUCAUCAAGAACUACACCAGUUGCAUUGUCAAUACCCAGACUUCCAAGAAAUGUAUCCGUAGCUUUGGCCUGCCCUAUGUCCAUGAGGGCAGCUUCUGUGGCAUGAAUAUUCUGGGGCACAACUGUCCGAGUGCCAGCAUUGCCGAUGUCUAUGUGCGGCUGAUCGAUCAGAAGCGGUUCAUUAGCGAGAAGCUGAAUUCGGUUCGACUUUCGGGAAUCGACAAAGAGAUAUUCUAA